GGAUCACCCUGGGGCCAGCAUGAGCCGGAGGGAGGGAAGUCUGGAAGACCCCCAGGCUGACUCCUCACCCCUUUCUCACCUGGAGGCCAAGAUCCGUCAGACACACAGCCUUGCCUGCCUCCUCACCAACUAUGCUGAGCAGCUGCUCCAGGAAUACGUGCAGCACCAGGGAGACCCCUUCGGGCUGCCGGGCUUCUCGCCGCCGCGGCAGCCGGUGGCCGGCCUGAGCGCCCCGACGCCGAGCCACGCGGGCCUGCCCGCGCCGGAGCGGCUGCGGCUGGACGCGGCGGCGCUGGACGCGCUGCCCCCGCUGCUGGACGCCGUGCGCCGCCGCCAGGCCGAGCUCAACCCGCGCGCACCCCGCCUGCUGCGGCGCUUGGAGGACGCGGCGCGCCAGGCCCGGGCCCUGGGCGCCGCCGUGGAGGCCGUGCUGGCCGCGCUGGGAGCCCCGGGCGGCGCGCCCCGGCCCGAGCCCUGGCCCGAGCCCCCGGCCACCGCCGCCGCCGCCGCGGACACCUUCCUUGCCAAGGUGCUGGGCUUCCGCGUGUGCGGCCUCUACCGCGAGUGGGUGAGCCGCACCGAGGGCGACCUGGGCCAGCUGGUGCCCGGGGGCCCGGCCUGAGCGCGGGGCGCGGGGGCGCAGCACGCGCUGUCGCCUCCUCUUUGGCUCCGUCGCUCUAGCUCUCUGUCUCUCUCUCUGCUUUGUAUGGUCUCGCUCUGCUCCUUUCCUCUCUCUGGGCCUCCUGGUCUCAGUCGGUGACUUCCUCUAUGUCUAACACUUUCUUGCUUCCCUCCUUCUUUUAUCCAUGGCUUGGGUCUGCUUCAGUCUUUCUUGGUCUCCUCAUUUACCCGUCUCUGGGGGUCUGUCUGUCUCCUCCUUUCCCCGAUUCUUGUUUCCCCUGCAAGUUGCAUCUCUGUGUCAUCUCAAGGAGGCACCUGUGCCCUCUGUCCUCCUGUCUAGGAAAGUGCCUGCUGGCCCUAUGUGGGAGGGCUACUGUAGACUCAUUUCUGCCACCUUCCCCCAGGACCACCUAUCUGCUGCCCCCACUCUCCCCCAUCCCCACCGGCCCUGCCCCCUCCCGGUCCCCUCCCUCUGCCU